UACCCGAUGCGAUCGGGAAAGCUCAAGCGUGGCAGGGGCCGGGCCGGGCAAAGCGGAGGAGGCGGGUCUCCAUAGAAACCUUCACCUGUUUCCGGCCAGGCUGGGCAAGCUUAGGGGCUGCUGCGGGGGCCAAUCUGCGCCAGCUCGUCUUUUCCCGGCGGCCCGUGCGGGAGCGCUGGGGGUUGUACACAAUCAUCAUGGCGGCGGCCGGGGCCCCGGAUGGCAUGGAGGAAGCUGGCAUGGACACGGGGGCCGAGACCGUGGCCACCGACGAGUCCACGCUGCCCCUGAACUGCGUGGAGGCCGAUGCCGUGGUGGGGACGGCGGCAGCUGCGGCUGAGGACUCCUGCGCCGCGCAAGGCAGCCUGCAGCCGGCCCCGGCCCAGCCCCCUGGGGACCCCGCGGCGCAGGCCUCGGUCAGCAACGGCGAGGACGCGGGCGGCGGCGCGGGCCAGGAGCUGGUGGACCUGAAGAUCAUCUGGAACAAGACCAAGCACGACGUGAAGUUCCCGCUGGACAGCACGGGCUCCGAGCUGAAGCAGAAGAUCCACUCCAUUACAGGUCUCCCACCUGCCAUGCAGAAAGUCAUGUAUAAGGGACUUGUCCCCGAGGAUAAGACGUUGAGAGAAAUCAAAGUGACCAGUGGAGCCAAGAUCAUGGUGGUUGGCUCCACGAUCAAUGAUGUCUUAGCGGUCAACACGCCCAAAGACGCUGCGCAGCAGGAUGCGAAGGCAGACGAGAACAGGAAGGAGCCGCUGUGUAGACAGAAGCAACACAGGAAAGUCCUGGAUAAAGGAAAACCCGAAGAUGUGAUGCCGUCUGUUAAGGGUGCCCAGGAGCGCCUGCCCACGGUCCCCUUGUCUGGCAUGUACAAUAAGUCUGGAGGGAAAGUGAGACUCACCUUUAAGCUAGAACAAGACCAGCUGUGGAUCGGCACAAAAGAGCGGACUGAGAAACUGCCCAUGGGCUCCAUUAAAAAUGUGGUCAGCGAACCCAUCGAAGGACACGAAGACUACCACAUGAUGGCGAUGUGGCCGCAGGAGGUGUCACCCUAGCGGAAUCUCAAAUGAGAACUCGGAGCGCUGGACGCUGACGUUGCUGAAGCUCUGGGAUGGAGUCCUUGGAUCGGCGACAGGCCUUUCACAGGCUGCUAGUGUUCGCUCUUUCUAAGUAAGGUUUAUCUGAGCCAUGGAUGCACUUUCUUCUAAUCCCGUGCACAGAGUAGGGGCCCAGGCGAGGCCCUCCGCAGGCUCCUUAGGUGCUGCUUUACAUUUUGAGGGCCAAAGAGAUUCACUUUGCCGUGUUGCCAUAGUUCACCUGCCGGGGGCUUGUUUCCCUCCUCUUCCUCUUACCUUGACCUUGUGCCUGAGGGAACCAUUCUAGGCUCUGGCACCCGUCCCAGCCUUGCCCUGCCAGGGGCUGAGAAGGGAAAGGGCAAGGCUGGGUGUGCCCAGGUCCAGGCCAGGGCAGCCUCGCGUCCCUUGGUCUCGCCGAGGAGACCUCUUUGUCUCGCUCCUAGCUUCCAUCCUGCCUGUUGUCUCAGAAAAGGAUGGUCCCUUUGUCCUAUGGCUUUGUGAGGAAGUCAUCUCCGGUCAGGACUGCACCUGUCUCCUCCUCCUAGGGCCUGGCACCUCCAAAACGGCAGGUGGUCAGCAGCCCCGUGGCGGGCAGAACGUCCUGUGGGUGGACCUACCAACCCAGGGGGGUCCUACUACCUUGCGACUCUGUGAGAACCUCCCCGUUUUCUUUUCUUGCGAAGUCGUGCAGUUAUUUGACAGUGUAUGUAAGUACUAUGUUCUCCUGUGGUGUACGCGCUGUUCUGCUUUGUUUUUCAGUCAAUGCCUGUUUGGGAGGAGAGGAACGUAUUUAGUCGAUUAGAUUUUGCGCUGCUGGAUUUUUUUUUUUUUUUUCAAAGUGUAACCUUGACUAGAUGUCUUAUUGUUUAUCCUGUAAGAUUAGUCUAUCUAUUAAAGUUUGAUAAAUAAC